AAAAUGGAGGUCUCACCUCUAGCUUGGCUGCUGCUAGUAUUACUCUCUUGCCACCAACUGACUUUCCCUACCCUCUGCACUGCCAACCAAAUCAACAAGCUUAACGAAUUGAUCGAGUCUCAAAGAUCAAGUAAUCCUCCUCGCACAGAAUCACGGGUAGAAACUGAUUUUGUUGACAGACCAGUCUACGUUGGACCUCAAGAUGGGUUGAUGGGAACUGAUAAGAUUGAUGCUUUGCCAGGACAGCCAGAAGGAGUGGACUUUGAUCAGUAUGCAGGAUAUGUUACAGUUGAUCCAACGGCUGGAAGGGCAUUGUUCUAUUACUUUGUUGAGUCGCCACAUAAUUCUUCCAGCAAACCUCUGGUCCUAUGGCUCAAUGGAGGACCAGGUUGCUCAUCCCUUGGAUAUGGAGCCAUGGAGGAACUAGGACCCUUCAGAGUCAACAGUGAUGGACAGACUCUAUUCCGCAAUGACUAUGCAUGGAACGAAGUGGCAAACGUACUAUUCCUGGAGUCCCCGGCUGGUGUGGGUUUUUCAUAUUCGAACACAACUUCUGACUAUGAGAAAACCGGAGACAAAAGCACAGCAGAAGAUUCUUACACUUUUCUUAUAAACUGGCUUGAGAGAUUCCCCAAGUACAAGACCCGAGACCUCUUCAUAACUGGAGAGAGCUAUGCCGGUCAUUAUGUGCCCCAGCUUGCUUACACCAUCCUAUCAAGGAACAAUAACACGAACCAAACAAUCAUUAAUCUCAAGGGCAUUGCAAUUGGCAAUGCUUGGAUAGAUGACAAUACCAGUACACAGGGAAUGUAUGACUUCUACUGGACACAUGCUUUGAAUUCUGAUGAAACCCAUGCAGGAAUUGACAAGUACUGCGACUAUCUUACUGGAAAUUAUUCAGGCCCAUGCUAUCAAUAUCAAGGUCAAGGAGAACACGAAUAUGGAAAUAUCGACAUCUACAACAUUUAUGCUCCACUUUGCCAUUCAUCGGGAAGCAAAUCUGGUCCCCCUGGUUCUGUGAAAGACUUUGAUCCCUGCUCCGACUACUAUGUCUCCUCCUAUCUGAAUCUACCUGAGGUGCAAAAAGCUCUUCAUGCCAUGCAAACCAGAUGGUCGGCUUGCAGUGGUGUUGGCUGGACAGAUAGCCCAACAACCAUUCUGCCCACACUCAAGCAGCUCAUGGCAAGCGGUAUCAGUGUAUGGGUCUACAGCGGUGACACUGAUGGACGGGUUCCAGUAACAUCCUCCAGGUACUCGAUAAACACCUUCAAACUUCCUGUAGAGACUCCUUGGCGGCCAUGGUAUACUAACAAUGAGGUUGGAGGGUACGUGGUAGGGUACAAGGGAAUCGUGCUAGCUACAAUAAGGGGAGCUGGGCAUAUGGUUCCAAGCUACCAACCAGAAAGAGCUCUAACCAUGAUCUCAUCCUUCUUUCAGGGAAACCUUCCUCCGUCGUCUUGACAGGAUGAUCCUCCAAUUCCAUUGAGUACUAGCAUCAUCAAAAGCUUAUCAAACUGAAACUAGUAAUAAUCAAUAGUGAAGUGUGAAUUGUUGCAAAAUAAAUUUCAUCUUUUAUUGUCUUCCAAUUUCUGAUUGUAAAAACAAAUCAAAUAGCUAGUGAUGGGAAAAUGAGAUUACCACAACUUAUUAAAACAUAUAAUUAU